AGUCCUUUUUCCUGGUCUGUGAGGCUGCAAUUCACACUGAGUGCCGCAGAACACACACACACGAAAAAUAAAGGAAGCAUGGGAAGGGACAAUUAUCAGGACAGACAAAGGUAGAAACUGUGACAGAGGCAGACGUUGAACAUAGUCAGUAUCUAAAGAAGAUUCAUCUAGAGAGAGAAGGAGGUAUUUAUUAGGAACUGGACAUCAUGCUGCUGCUGGAUGAGUCAGACUCUCUAACAGAUCAGGAUCAGAGUGUAGGCUACAGCUCUGAAAAUGAAUCUCAGGGUAGUGAUUCUUUGCAAUGGCACUGUGGCCUUCCCUCUUCCUCUCCCUCAGGUGAGACUCCAGCACAGAUGCCAUCUUACCCCCAGUCUCACCUGAAGGGCUGCAGUUCGAAUCUUGACCUGGACAACCCCAAGAAGAGAAUCUCAAAACCUGCUCAUAUGCGGAGGAACAUCAGGAAGUUGUUGAAAGAGCAUCACUUGGAUGCAGUAACUAAAGUGGCCCAGCUAGAAGAGUCAGAGAGACGCAAGCGCCUAGAUCAACAGAGAAACAACCUUACUGUAGCUCCUGGGUUUGCGUACAAACACACACUAGGGGAUCUGUGUGCAAGUAUGACUUAUGGCCCCAAGGAAAGUGCAGUAUGUGUGCAAACAAGCAACAGAAGUGUCACACCCAACACCGAAGUGACAGCGCUCCAAACAAGUACUGCUAAAAGUGACCAAAGUUCAGAUGGGAACACCGUCUCAUGCUUCAUCAGCAAAUUGGCUAAUGAGGAUAAUAGUGAGAGCAGUGGUAUGCAUCUUAACGAUGCUGUCAACCAACCAAAUGCUCAAGGGCAGGUCCUCAUCAAUGUCAAUCACCCAGAUGAUGAAAGUGACAUCUACCUCUCCCCUCAACUUGCCCAUAUUGUCAAACCUCAUCAGAUUGGAGGAAUCCGGUUUCUAUACAAUAACCUGGUUGAGUCACAGAAGCGUUUUAAAAGCACCCCUGGUUUUGGCUGUAUCCUGGCUCACAGCAUGGGCCUGGGUAAAACUCUACAGGUCAUCUCUUUCAUCGACAUCCUACUGCGCCACACCGGAGCUCACACCGUGCUCGUCAUCGUCCCUGUGAACACACUACAUAACUGGUUGGCGGAGUUUAAUCUCUGGGACCCGCCUGCUGAAGCCCUGCCACCCGACAAUGACCCUGGCCACAUUACGCCACGUAAUUUUAAGGUGCACAUCCUUAAUGACGAGCACAAGACCACAAGCAGCCGUGCUAAGGUUGUUGAAGCCUGGUACAGAGACGGUGGUGUGCUGCUAAUGGGAUAUGAGAUGUAUCGCCUACUCUCGCUCAAGAAGAGCUUUGUCACUGGGCGAAAGAAGAAGAACAGAAAUACACAUGAACAAGCUAUUAUUGAGAUAGAUAAGGAGGACCACCAGCAGGAGCUAAUGAAAGGCAUUGAGAGGGCUCUUGCUCAGCCUGGUCCAGAUGUGGUGGUCUGUGAUGAGGGUCAUCGAAUUAAGAAUUGGCAUGCCAGCACUUCACGGGCUCUGAAGGGCAUUGGGACGCGUCGGCGGCUAGUCCUGACAGGCUACCCACUCCAAAACAACUUGUAUGAGUACUGGUGCAUGGUGGAUUUUGUGCGUCCCGGCUUCCUGGGAACAAGGCCUGAGUUCAGCAACAUGUUUGUGCGGCCAAUUCUGAAUGGACAGUGUGUGGACAGCACACCUGAAGAUGUGCAGCUCAUGCGCUACCGCAGCCAUGUGCUACACAGUCUGCUUGAAGGCUUUGUACAAAGACGUGGACAUGAUGUGCUAUACUCCCAGCUGCCACAGAAACAGGAGCAUGUGAUUUUGGUGCGUCUUACAGCAUUGCAGCGUGCCCUCUAUGUUGAAUUCAUGAAUCGCUUUAGAGAGGCUGGAAAUGCUGGCUGGCUUAGCCUUAACCCACUUAAAGCCUUCUGUGUCUGCUGCAAGAUCUGGAACCACCCUGACAUUCUCUUUGAGGCACUUCAAAGGGAGAAUAUGGCAAAUGAGCAGGAUCUGGACCUGGAUGACAUCACUGCUAGCAAUGCUCACUGUUCAUCCAGUCAAAGGGCUAAGCCCAGUGAAUCAGGCAGCAGUCAAGGAGAACUGACUCUAAAUCGGCUGCAGGAAAAAAACAAUCAGGUUAUUACAUAUGAAUGGGCAAAAGACAUCAUGGCAGGUUACACGAAAGGCAUCUUAGAAAAUUCCGCUAAGAUGGUGUUGUUUUUUCACAUAAUUGAGGAAAGCAUUAAGAGUGGAGACAAGGUCUUGGUUUUCAGCCAGAGUCUAUCUACACUUACAGUCAUUGAAGAAUUCCUGGUCAAGAGAACGAUGCCUGACUAUAGUGGAAAUGGUGUGAAGCAGACCUGGGUCCGCAAUGUCAACUACUAUAGGCUGGAUGGAAGCACUUCAGUUUCAGAACGAGAGAGGCUAAUUAACCAGUUUAAUGAUGUGACAAACAAUUCUGUUUGGCUUUUUCUACUGUCCACCAGGGCUGGCUGUCUUGGCGUGAACUUGAUUGGUGCUAAUCGUGUAGUGGUUUUUGAUGCCUCUUGGAAUCCAUGCCAUGAUGCUCAAGCUGUGUGCCGUGUCUAUCGCUAUGGGCAAUGCAAGCCAUGCCACAUCUACAGACUUGUGUCGGACUUCACCUUGGAAAAGAAAAUUUACGACAGGCAGAUCUCCAAACAAGGAAUGUCUGAUCGCGUGAUAGAUGACUUCAAUCCUGUUUUGACAUUCACACGGCGGGAAGUAGAGUCUCUGCUGCACUCUGUGGAAGAUGAGUCUGAACCAUUACACUCUGUCCACCCUCAGGAAGACAUGGAUAUAGUCCUCAGGAAAGCCUGUAUGAAAUACCCCCACCUUAUUACCAAGCAACCCUUUCACCAUGAGUCCUUACUGAUGGACCGACAAGACCUCAAACUCACAAAGGAGGAGAAGGAAGCAGCCAAGAAGAGCUAUGAGAAUGAGAAGAAGGCAUCAGUGCCCUACACACGUCCAUCAUAUGCACACUACUACCCAGCUAGUGACCAAAGCCUUACCAACAUCCCUGCCUUCAGCCAGAGAAAUUGGCGGCCUCCUUUACAGCCGGAGGAUAAACCAGGAGCCAGUAUUCACCUGCCACAGACAACCCAAAAGCCCACAAUGCACCAAAAGGAAGGCCAGAAGGCAGACCAGAAGGAAAGCCAGGGUUCUGCCACUUCCAUGGGAUCAGACUCCAAAUCUGCUCUCAAUUUUCCAGUCACCUACCUGCAGAAAGCAGGAGUCUUUGUACAGAAGACUGUCACCACUACAGAUAUUGUGAUUCCUGGUACAAACAAUUCAGCAGAAACACAAACCAAGAUAAGUGCAGGUGAAAGCAUUCACAUCAUCAGAGGAACUAAAGGAACCUACAUUCGGACAUCAGAUGGAAGAAUCUUUGCCAUCCGUGCAGUGAGAAAAUCUAGACAAGAUGAAGAGAGUACAAACACAAAGAAAGAUAUGCCACCCUCACUGGAGAACUCCAUCAGUAAGAGCACCAGUGGUAUUGUGUCCCCUGAUGACAUGUCAAAAGUCUUAACUCCCAAAGCCACGACUCGACCUCUCUCUCCAGAUACACCAGAAAUCCUAAGUGAGCUUCAUCGUUACACCAAAGUGCCACCUCUGCCUCCCUUAGGAGUGGCCAAUCCAGACAAAGCCUCAGAAAAUGGAGUUAUUAUGAUUCUGCCUCAAAACAACACUGCCUCACCAGGCAUGGAGGUGCCACUGGACCUAAGGGGCACAAAGCGCAAGUCCACAUCACCUUCUACCAAUGAAUAUUUGUCUAAGCAGCCAACUCCAGAAACAAGAAGUUCUGUUCCAUCUUCAGGACAGAAUUAUCCUUUCACAGGCACUUAUGGUUUAAAUUCCACCAGAAAUCCUGGUGUAAACUGUGCCCUACACAGCUCUUUCAGCUCCAUGUGGUCACCCUAUUUCCAGCCACAAGUUCCUAUAGCUGAGCACCAACUCAUGUUCCAGGUCUCUACAGAUACCUACAGUCUUAGAGACAAGGCCUUGCUUAGCUCCCGUACAUCCUCUAGUACUACAGCAACUUCCUCCUCCUCUAUUCCUUCAUCAUGCCUGAUGAGGCAUGAAGUACCAGGGAUGAUGGCACCGACAUUCUUGUCACAAUAUGGGCAACCACUGGGUGUGUACUCAUCCACACUAAUGCCUCAAGGGACUCCAGAACAGUCAGGAUCUAGCUUCUUGCCUCAGUAUAAGUUCGCUGGCCCACAAGGUGGUGCUCAUGAGUCUUGUCUUGUAACAGAUAAUGGAGCAAGAUCUGAGGACAACAGCUGUAUUUGCGACAAUCAUGAGGAUGUAAUUGCAUUCUUAAACCAGUAAGAGAAGACCCAUUUUGCAGAUUAAGGAAAAAUUGUUUUAUUAUGAGAACCUCAUAGGUCAUCUGCAAAUAUUGGUAGCAACGUUUUGGAGGUUGGAGGCUGCCUGUGGAUAGUGUGGGGGAUUGUGUCUACAAUUGUGGACAAAGUGAAAAAAAUCUUUAUGCUGAAUAUUUUAUUUAAAACAAAUUUAUACAUGUUGAGGUCAACAAAGUCCUGUACUGUUUGAGAAUCUGAACGAUUUCAUCUGUAAGAGUUUAUAUGCUAUUUAACAGUUGAUGGUACAGAUAAUUAACUUGAUGAGUAAAUUAGUAAGUGAGACUUUAUGUUCAAAAAUGUUUAAAUAUAAGUGUUUUUAAAUUGUCAUUUAUUUGUGCUGUGGAAGUGGCUGUUAUAGUUAUGACCCGAAAACAGGUUUUAAAAUUUGACCAUAUUUUCCAACAUGAGUAAGUAAGACAAAGCCUUGAACAGGGGUGGAAAAUACUUUUGUAAUUGUAUUUUGGCAUAUUUUUUACUCUACAUUACAUUCCCGGACAAAAACACUUACUGGUUAAGCUGUACCCUUUCAUUUAGACAUACAAAAUAUUUGUUACAAAACAAUUAAUGACUAUGCUCGUCGCAUCCAAUCAAGUUCAUGAAUGUAGAAAAAAAAAUAUCAAGAAUUGUUAUUUCUGAAUAAGUAUGUUACAAAACUGCAGUGUCUAAUUUGAGGAUGAACAGCCCAGCCCUACCUCAGCGAAAUGUUUCCAUAUGCUAGAGGGAGCAACGUCUUGUAUUUGAAAAGUAAUUGUCUCCUUUGCCUCCCUAGAAGGCAUCUCCAUCUAAUUUGAAGUAGAUUUAUCUACAUUAUCUUCAUUUGCUAAUGUGAAUAAAGUCGUUAUAUAUGACCAGUUCAGUAUCAAUAUCAGUACCUAACAUACAUAAAUUGGCUAGGCAGCAAGUCAGAUUCUAGCUUAUGUUAAAUGUCUGUUAUGUAUAUAAUAUUUUACUUCUGAAUAAUGCAUUAGAAAAAUACAUAGAACUAGUCAUGCAGAUGAGCAGCAAGGAUUUGCUAGAUGAUGUUUCAAGCAAAAUAGUGUAGUUGCUUGAAAUAAAAGUUAAAUUAACAUCAUACAGUUAAGUAGAUACAGUAAGUAAAAAAAAGUAAUGAAAGUAAUAGGUAAGUGGAUAAAUAAUGAAAUUUACUUUUCACAUGAAAACAUGAUUAACUUAAUUUCAUUGUUUACAUAUUGCUUACAGUUAAUUAUUUAAAUACUUUAGACGUUUAAUUGUAAGAGCAGCACAAUGCUUUACUUUCACUUGAGUAUAUUUUUGGUUGGAGACCUCCUCUUUUAUUAAGUAAGGUUUUGAUUUGAUAUUUAUAUUUAAAUACAAUUUCUCACUACGUUUUCCACCCUUGACCUUGAGGAAUUACAAACAUGAGGUGAUAUGAAACAUGUCUAUAGCCAUGACUGAUUGGACAAUAUUUUAAAAGUCCAGUGAAACAAGAAACAUAAUGUAUCUUUACUCCAGCCUUUGCUGCAGUCGUGCACAGACAGAUAUUAGACUGACGACUACAUUCGUUGUUGACUACAUGAAAUAGUAACACAUUCCCUUUCUAAAACAUGUCCAGUGAUGUCACCUGUUGUUGUGAACAUUUUAAACAUUUUUUAGACUGGUCACAAGCAGGUGAGCUCUUGCUGCAUGUGGUCCAGGAUAUAGGAAGAAGUUAUUCAUAUUUCAUAUUAAAAUCGCAUGACACUGAGCUCACAUGAAAGAACAUGUGUAUGCUAAAACUCUGAUGCCUUGUGCUGCUGUCUCACUGAAUGUAGUGGUGCGGGUGAAUGGUUCAGGAGCAUGUGUGCUCCAAAUUCAGCCUGUAGUUUUGUACAAGUUUAAACAUAACGUUGCCUAGGCUACUACUUAUGGGACACUUUUUUUUUCUUUUUUCUUUUUACCUUCUGCACUGCCUGGUCUGCUAAAUAAUUCAUUCUUUUUUUCUGUAAUGAUGCACUAAUGUGUAAAAAUUAGCAAAGAAAAUUAAUUGUUUUGUGUAGAUCACAAAAAAGGUACCAAAAUUUGAUUUUCCUCUGCCUAACUGUUUUAAGUUAACCAGAUCCACUAGAUUUCUUCCCAUUUUCUAUUACUUUGGGGAAAGGAAAAUGAUUGGUUAAUAACUUUUUUUUUCCAUUUCCAAAAAUACCGAGAAUUUUGUUCUAGCCAAAUUUAAGUGACCUAAACUUUUACACCAAAUAAGAAUACUGCAAAAGCGGUAUAGUAUAAUGUUUAAGGUUAACACCAUC